AUGCAACUGGCUAUCUCCCCUGGGUAUCCCGCUUCGAUAGCAUGGGUAGAAAUGGCUCUGGGCAUGUCAUAUGCGUACACCAUGUCGAACAAGUCACUUGGUGAAUAUGCGGCCUAUGUCGCGCCCAUGCCAACCAGCAUCCAAGCUUCGACAACUGCAAGAUGGCUAACUGACGUAGUUGGAUUCAAUCCCUUUUGCACAUGGGCAAAUCCUCUAAAUCUUACCAAGUCUUCGUCAUCAAUAGCGAUGGAUAAUACCAGCGUAGCCUCAACGGCCGUUGUUACAUACCUCGAGGGCCUCGAUCUUGAUAUUCAUGUUCCGAGCAGCAUCUUCCCGGUGUACAAAUCCAACUUUGUAACACAAAUUUCCGUGUUGGACCCAACUACAUAUGUCUUCAACCAUACUACUCAAACACUGCCAUCAGACGGCUCGACAACUUUUGCCAUCGUUGCAUGCACCGAAGGCUGCGCCCAAUUAAACAUUCCCAUCUACCCAGACCUAACUGGCAUACCGACUCUACAGUUCACCGCGCCAAAUAACAGCUACGAGCUCGCGUUCCUCGUGUGCAAGCCCAACAUUACAAUCGAAACUCGCGAGGUUCGCACACAAGGGUCUUUCAUAUUGGAAGUCCAGCCACUCCCUGAAGGCAAAGCAUAUCAAAGGCAAGGGAACUUAGAUUUCAUGCAAACAUCAUCCAUGCUAGGCAUAGCGACGUCCUACCUGUCGAUAGACUCGGGCCCGCUGACAUCAGUGUGGUUUGGCCUCGGGUCGGAGACGCAAGUCAAUUUCCUCUUUUCGCCUGCCCAGAUGAAUGCCAUCGAUCUCAACAGUAUAGGAGGAGUAAUACUUCAACCAAUCCCACUUGAGAAUCUCACGCAAGGGUACACUCAAAUAGUGCAAGCUGCGGCGAAGGCAUAUAUCACGGGUAGCGAAGGCACAGCUUACGUCCCGGGGCGAGUGUCUGGCAUGCAGCUCAUCUUCACAUCGUCGUUGCCAAACGUCAUCGUGGCUACCAUUUCAUUCGCGCUUUUAUGGGCACUGACCAUAUUUGCGCAUUUCCGCGAUGGAAAAUACAACGAUUUCACACUCGUAAAUGUCGGAGCUGCAUUGCACAACUCGGACAUUCCCAAGGCGUUUUCACAGAUGAAGGCACAAUCAUUGGAGGCACGAACGGCCGAGCAAAAAAGUCCUCAUUCGCGCUGGGUGUAUCAUAGUGACGAUCAAGACGUUGUGGCGAUGCUCGACCGCCAUAAGAUUGCCCUCCGCAGCAGUCAAGGUGUAGAUUCACUGCGAAUCAUAUAGUCCUCGAAAAAAUUCCGUGCCGGAGAUGGUGCGAUUAAUUACAGCUACCACUUGAGUUUUUUUUUGAGUUAAAUUUUUCAAAUACCAUUGUAUGUAUUUUAAAUAACUUUGGGCCUUCUUGCAACCUUCU